AUGCAAGGUAUAGUGUCGAUCCUGCAGGGUUCCCACAACCACGAGAAGACCACCAGGGCUGGGUCGCUCCGGCGGACUUUGUCCGCCGACAUGUCCUCAAAGCGGUGGUUGUCAGACAACGGGUUAUCGGCCUCUCCCACUAUGAAGAAGAUCGCGUCAUCUGAGCAGAUCGCAAUCGAUUUUUCUUCAUCGUCCGAAGAGGAUGAAGAAGAGUGCGAGGUGAUCGGAAACGCCAACAAGAAUCCGAGUAAGAUCGAUAUUUGGACGGCGAUUAUGUCGCAAAAGGUGCAAGACGAUUCGGUAUCACUUCCACCACCAUAUGUUCAUCCACUUGUUAAGAAGUCUGCUAGCUCGUUGAGCGAGAAGAGUCUUAAGGUUUGUACCGAGAGUCUGGGCUCUGAGACUGGAUCAGAUGUGUUCUCGUCUUAUCCAUCCUCAGAAACAGGUGACGAGAAUAAGAUACAUGAGAUCCAAGAAGAAGACGAGAUAAAAGAAACAGAUAUGGAGGAACAAAAAGUUGUCAAGCAUGUGACAUGCUUGACAACUAAAAAAGUCCAGCAAGCUCGUUCUCUACCUCCGCCUCUUUCAUCUCUCGCAGCAGCCCAUACCGACGGGCCGUCACUUCACAUGCAUUCUCAUCGGGUCGACGGACGUUUAGUCCUUGAAGCUGUAUCGGUUCCGCAACAAAACUACUUUGAAGCUCAGCGCCAAGAUGGUCGUUUUCUCCUCACGCUCAUCGACAACCCUAACGACCAAGCAUCCAAACAAGAUCUUCAGGACAUCUUCAGCAUAAUUGAGGAAGAAAAACCACAAGUAGACAACAUUGACGUCGAAGAUAAGGAUGAAGGUGAGAUCAAAAGCAACUUCACCGAUAAUGAAAUGAGAAUCUUGAAAGUGAGACCACCGAAUUUGACUAAGGGGAUGAUAAAGCUUCACAGAUCUAUGGUAUCGACUAAGAGGAUCACCGAAAGAGACAAUGAGAAUCCGUCAUGGUCCCGAAAGCUUAACGCAAGAACAGCAAACUUAGAAAAGUUACAAGUUGUGGAGGAGGAGGAAGCAUCUGCAACCCCACCAUCAGCAUCACAAAUUAAGCAAUCUCUUCCACGACCACCCCGAGCAACCGGGCUGCCACCAUUGCCCCCACCAACGACUGCCACCUCCUUCAACUCAUACCAGUACUUCUGGAGGGCGAAACCAACUGUCGCCAGUGUCUUUGAUCCUCUCAUCACCCAACACCGCCCACCAACAAAAACCAAGGACCUGGUUCUGCUCAGAGGUGGUAUUGGGUUGAAGAAGAUAAAAAACAAAAAUAUCCUGGUCCUGGGUUCAAUCCCGGGCAAAUACUAA